CCCAUCCACUGGGUAGUGUGACUGAGGAAGCAGCACCCUUCGAGCUAACGCUAUUACAUUAAUUUCUUCUAAUCUCUAUACUUUAAAAUUAUUUACCUUACGUUAUAUAAAUAUAACUGACACUACUUUAGAUAAAACAAUCGUAACGUUGCGCUGUCGCUAAAUUUGAUCUGUUUUUUUUUUUUUUUUUUUUUUUUUUUUUUUUUAACAUCCGCGACUAGCUUGUAGCCCGUAGCCCGCUAGCAUCACCUACCGCUAGCCUUGUUUACGUUUCACAUUUCUCACUUACCGCUGUUCUGUUUAAAAAAAAAAAAAAAAAAAACAUGUCUGCUGUCUCUCCGGUUUUGAGUGCAGAUGAGGACUCGCUCGAGCUUCACAUGGUGCGGCUGGAACUGGAGGAUGUGGAGAAGCAGAUCCGCGGCCUACUCGACAAGCAGGCCCAGCUGCUGGAGCGACAAACUGCGCUGGAAACAUCUUGUGCCUCUGCCCAUAUAUCCAAGGUAAGCACACAGCGUGGUAUUUCCACUCCCAGCCCCUCUACGCCGUGUGUUUCUCUGUGCAGGGACCGUGCACCUAGGACUUUCCCAGCCGUGGUCUCCGUCACGCCGGCGCCAACACACCUCGGGCCUUGGGUGAACCAGCGGCGGAAGGCGCGGGCUGGACCCUCUCCACCUCCGGUGUUCGAGAUUCCAACCAGGAACCGCUUCGCCCCUCUCCGCCAGACCAGACCCAACGCUGUGAUCGUCGGGGACUCCAUUGUGCGGAACGUCCGUGUAGCCUCAUCUAAAGGUAAGGUGCGCACACACUGUUUUUCUGGUGCUUGUGUCCUUGAUGUCGCUGCGCAGGUAUCCGGGAUCCUGAAGAAGGACGAGCGCAUUGGAGCGGUUGUGCUGCACGCGGGGACGAACGACACCAGGCUGCGGCAGACGGAGGUUCUGAAGAGGGACUUCUCCAGCCUGAUCGAGACGGUACGAGGCAGAUCACCCACCGCGAAGAUCAUCGUCUCUGGACCUCUUCCCACAUACAGACGUGGAGCAGAAAAGUUGUUUCGUCCUGAUGGCCUGCACCCCAGCAGCCUUGGAGCGGAACUGCUAUCAGACAACAUUUCCAAGGCGCUACACUCCAAGUGACUGCCUAGCCCCCACAUGAAUUUAUGGAGAUACUAGAGAUCCAGAUCCUUUCUGCCUCUGGAUGGAGCUCAAAUCUUCUCUAAUUCCAGACUGCUGGGACUACGGCUGCUCCUAAGGCCAUACAGACUUCAUAUAAAUCCAUAAUGAACUUUUUCACACUAUCUGUUGUUACCCAGAUGAGGACGGGUUCCCUUCUGAGUCGGGUUCCUCUCAAGGUUUCUUCCUCUUAAAACAUCUUAGGGAGUUUUUCCUUGCCACCGUCGCCACUCAGUGGCUUGCUCAGUUGGGAUAAAUUCGCACCUUUAAUAUCUGUAUACCAUGUUGAUAUUUCUGUAAAGCUGCUUUGAGACAAUGUCUAUUGUAAAAAGCGCUAUACAA